GCGAGGCCGACGGAGUUGGGGGGAUGCUGGUGGAGGAGAGAGAGAGCGAGCGUGGCUAGGGGUUGUGAGGAGACGCGCGGCGCGGAGGCGGACGGUGGGCGGGCGCUGAGGUGACCGGGAUGGUGGAAGACUGACGCAUGACGCAGGAAGAAAGUGAACUGAAGGCUUGGCGCAGAAAGCUUUUCGGAAAGAAAGGUUACGUGAACUGGAGGUGAAAGGGUUGGAUACAGCUUUCCCCAUCACUUUACAUCUAUAUAUUGGUUUGUGCCUUAUCACCAGUAGAUCAAGGAGAAGGGUUAAACACUUUAAGAUGAGAAACAUUAAUGUUUGUUUGAGCUCUGAAGGGACUGAAGUGAUUUUAGCUACAUCAAGUGAUGAAAAACACCCACCUGAAAAUAUAAUUGAUGGAAAUCCAGAAACAUUUUGGACUACCACAGGAAUGUUUCCCCAAGAGUUCAUUAUUUGUUUUCACAAACAUGUAAGGAUUGAAAGGCUUUUAAUCCAGAGUUACUUUGUGCGGACCUUGAAGAUUGAAAAGAGCACUUCUAAAGAGCCAGUUGAUUUUGAGCAGUGGAUUGAAAGAGAUCUGGUACAUACAGAGGGGCAGCUUCAAAAUGAAGAAAUUAUGGCACGUGAUGGCCACGCCACUUACUUGAGAUUCAUUAUUGUAUCAGCCUUUGAUCAUUUUGCAUCUGUGCAUAGUGUUUCUGCAGAGGGAAUAGCAGUCUCAAAUCUUUCUUAAUAAUUAUAACAAAAUACUCUUGCACUAUUUUUUAACAAUAUAUUUAUUUAAACAUGAAGUUGUUAUUAUU